AUGAGUGACAAAAACUACAGCACCACCAUCUACAACAGAGUGCUAACAGAGAGGGUGUAUGAGAAUUCAGACCCAGAAGAAAACGGAGGUCCCCUUUACGAUGAAGUCCAUGAAGAUGUGAGGAGGGGAGACAACUUAUAUGUCAAUGAGCUGGAAAGCCACGAAUAUGACUCUGUGGCCGUGUACACUGUUGGGCGUCAGGGGAGAACCUUGGCCUCUUUACAGCCGGAAACAGGAGAAUACGUCUUGCCUGAUGAAACAUGUUCUAAGGCUCAGGAUCCCCACCCAGGGGAACCCACGGAGGAUGAGGACAUCUCCUUGGAAGAAUUGUUGUCACCAACCAAGGACCAGGAGUCUGACCCAGAGGAGCCCCAGGGGUCCGACCAAGAGGAGCCCCAGGGGUCUGACCCAGAGGAGCCCCAGGGGUCCAACCCAGAGGAGCCCCAGGGGUCUGACCCAGAGGAGCCCCAGGGGUCCCACCCAGAGGAGCCCCAGGGGUCCGACCCAGAGGAGCCCCAGGGGUCUGACCCAGAGGAGCCCCAGGAGAAUGGAAGUGAGGUGGAGGCAGACCUGCCCUCUCCUUCGAGCUUCACCAUCCAGAAUAGCAGAGCCUUCUCCACCCGCGAGAUCUCCCCUACCAGCUAUUCUGCUGAUGAUGUUUCAGAAGGAGACAAAUUGGCUUCUGCAAGCCCCGAGAUUAACCUCUUUGUGAAGGUAAGGAAUGCCCUGAAACAGGCACACCUGCUCCUGCAGAUGGCAUAA